AUGACUUCACAUUUCUUAUCCAAAGGUCAACAGAUCGUACCUAUGAAAUACAGACCAAAACCCCUAGUGUUCGGUCUAAUAGUUCUUUCUUUAAUCAUCGAUAAACUCAAUGUUACAGGGGCAAUCACCAGUUUCUACUCGCUUUCCGAAAAGUUUGAUGUUCCAAUCGCCACUGCCUCUUGGGUCUUGUCAGUGUAUGCGUUGACCAUUGGUUCAUUCAUUAUUGUAUUUGGCAAAGUCGGAGAUAUUGUUGGUCCUCAUAAUACAUUCGUUGUAGGCACUUUAUGCAUGUCUAUUUUUUCAUUGCUAGCAGCUACAGUUGAUGAAUCUAUUUACGCAGUUAUUGUAUUCAGAGCUUUCCAAGGUAUUGCUGGCGCUGCUUUGGUUCCUUCGGGGUUUGCAAUCAUUGCCAGUUAUUUCCAAGGUAAGGCAAGAUUCAUUGCUCUUAAAGUUUUGUCAGCUGCUGUCACUGGCGCUCUAGGUCUCGGGGUGAUUCUUGGUGGGGCGUUCGAUGAAGGAAGUAUUGGGUACCAGGGGAUUUUCUAUUUCACUUUUUCUGUAUCCUUUACAGUAUUUGUGUUUCUAUAUUUCCUCAUAAUUCCUAUUCAAAAAACCGAGGGCCACAAAAAUUUGAAAUUCAGGAACUUGGACUUCUUUGGAGUUUUGUUGAUGAUUUCUGGUUUGUUGUUGAUCAUCGUAGGUUUUACUGAAGCGGCAAACAGCUGGAAUUCCCCGAAAGUUUAUAUCACCCUCCCAAUUGGAUUUAUGCUUGUUGCCUGCUUCUUUUAUUUCGAGCUUUUUUAUAUCAAAGGUUACAAGGAGAAAUUCCGGAAGUCUCUUCCAAACCAACAACAAGACUUCACUAGUAAAUUUGAUUGGAGAGUAGAUACGCAGCCGCUUUUUCCAGCAGAAAUUUUGGCAAUUCCAAACAUCAAGUUAUUACUCUAUGGUAUGUUUGCUGUCAACACAUCUGCCAUUUGCUUACAAAGUAAUCUUGUUGAAUAUUUUGAAUAUGUUGAAUUAGACACUCCAAUUAUCGCCUCGCUCAAGAUAUUACCGCUUGCUAUGGGUUCUGUUUGUGGCUCAUUCCUUUUCAGUCCAAAAAUUGUGAAAGCCUUGACCCUUCGGGGAACUUUGCUUCUUUCAUCGCUCGUUGGUCUCGGGGCGUACAUUUGGAUUUCUAGAAUAAAUUACACUAUUCAUAACAGCUACUGGAAAUUUGUUUUUGCCAGUGGAUUUAUUGCGGGUUAUUCAAUAAACAUGUUUUUUGUGGUUAUCCUUGCCGGUUUAAUGCAAAACACCCCAUUGCAUUUACAAGGGGUUGUUUCUGGAGUAGUUCAAACCGUUGCACAAGUUGGUUCCAGUAUCGGUACAGCAGUUAUCAAUAGUAUCAUUGGAAGUAUGGAAUAUAAAAAAGGUGAUGAUUUAGCAAGACACCGCGUUGCCAAAAACUUUGAAAACUCAUUAAAUUUCAUAGUGGGCUUGGGUGCCAGCUUAGUAAUUUUAAUGCUUUUUAUUAAAGAUGAUAAGUCUUUCUUGGUUGAGGGAGGAAAAUCAACUGGGAGAACAAUUUUAUGA